AUGAGUCAUCAAUGGGUCAAGAUUGAGAAUAGGACCUCUAUCGAGUAUGUGAACGGGGUAAAGGAAUUUCUAAAUGUUGCCCGACAUACUUUGAAUUCUAAUGGGUUAACUCCAUGCCCGUGCAGUAAUUGUCUCAAUUCGAGAUUACAAAAUAUAAGUGUCAUUACUUCUCAUUUGAUUAGUGUAGGAAUUGAUAAGUCAUAUACACGGUGGGUGCAUCAUGGUGAAGAUGAAAUCGAAGAAGAAGAUGUUCCACAUAAUGAUUUUGUUAAUAUUGAAUCUGCCGGCUUAAGAGCAGGAUUAGAGGAUGCAGUUGGUCAUCCAUUAUUUGAUAUUGGACCUACCAAUGAUCUAAUUGGUAACAAACACCCAGAAAAUGCUCGUUAUGAGAAGCUACAUGAAGCUCUAAAUAAACCUUUGUAUGAAGGAUGCAAAAGUUCUACAUUGACAUUUGUUGUGAAGUUGAUGAAUUUGAAAGUGAUGAACAAGUGGACAGAUAAUUCGUUUGAGAUGAUGCUAAAGUUGCUACACGAGGAUCUUCCUGAUUGUAAUAAUUGUCCAGAGAGCUAUUACGAUGUUAGAAUGUUGCUUUGUGAAGCCGGUUUAGGUUAUGAGCUUAUUGAUGUUUGUCAAUAUGAUUGUGCUAUUUUCUAUGGGGACAACAAAGAUGCCAUAACAUGUCCUGUUUGUCAAAGCAAUCGUUACGUGCGCAACAAAAUUGCUCAUAAAAAGUUACGAUACUUUCCAAUAACACCUCGUUUGAAGCAUCUAUAUGCUUCACGCCACACUGCCACAGACAUGCGUUGGCAUAAAGAAGUUCGUAAAGAUGAGCCUGGAGUUUUGCGUCAUCCGGCUGAUGGAGAGGCUUGGAAACAUUUUGAUAAAAUGUAUCCUAAUUUUGCAGAUGAUCCUAGGAGUGUACGAUUGGGGUUGGCUUCAGAUGGGUUUAACCCUUUUAGCAAUAUGACAACUUCAUAUAGCAUGUGGCAUGUUAUUUUGAUGUCGUAUAACAUGCCACCUUGGUGUACAAUGCAUAAGAGUAGUUACUUUCUAACGUUACUAAUUCCUGGGCCAAAAUCUCCUGGUAAAGACUUUGACAUCUUCUUAAGGCCACUUGUAGACGAACUUAAAGUUCUAUGGGGUAAUGGGGUUCAAGCAUAUGAUGAAGAUUCAAAAUCACUUUUCACUCUUCAUGCCGCAAUAAUAUGGACAAUCAGUGACUUCCCUGCUUAUGCUUACUUGUCUGGGUGGAGUACUAUGGGUAAGUUGGCAUGUCCAAUAUGCCUUGAGGAUACCCGUUCUAGAAGGAUUCGUGGUAAACAAUGUUAUAUUGGACAUCGAUGUUUUUUAAGCAAAACACAUAGGUGGCGAAAUAGCAAAGAAUUUGAUGGGAAGAAAGAGCUAAGGGAAAAACCUCGCCGAUUUACAGGUGAUCAAAUUCUAACACAGUUGGCGGAUAUUCCAAGACGCACUACUGGAAAAGCACCUAGUAAUGUUGAUAAGAAGCGUAAACGAGGUGCUAAUGAGCUUAAUUGGUCAAAAAAGAGUAUAUUGUUUGAACUUCCAUAUUGGUCUAAACUAUUGAUGCGCCAUAAUCUUGAUGUCAUGCAUAUAGGGAAAAAUGUCCAUGAUAAUAUAGUUGGGACAUUGUUAAAUGAUCCCGUGAAGUCAAAGGAUACUACAAAUGCACGUUUAGACUUGGAGGAUCUUAAUAUUCGCAAGGAUCAAUGGCUAAGAGAGAGAAAUGGAAAAUUUGAGAAACCUCAUGCUAAUUUCACAUUGACUAGAGAUGAAUGUGUGGAGUUUUGCAAAUUUAUCAAGUCUGUUCGCCUACCUGAUGGCUAUGCGUCCAACAUAAGUCGAUGUGCGACAGAUUCUAAUACACUCGGGGGGAUGAAAACACAUGAUUGCCAUGUAUUGCUUCAGAAAAUACUACCAGUAGCCAUUCUUCCUUUCUUGAACAACGAAAUACGUACAACUUUGAUUGAGCUUUGCCAAUUCUUUCAAAAAAUAUGUUCUAAGACUCUAUAUGCUAAAGAACUCGAGGAUAUGAAGACUGGGAUUGUAAUCAUAUUAUGCAAACUUGAGAAGAUAUUUCCUCCAUCAUUUUUCACUAUCAUGGUUCACUUGUGCGUACAUUUACCAGAGGAGGCGUUAUUAGGAGGACCAGUAAGCCAAAGAUGGAUGUUUGGGAUCGAACGUCGUAUGGGUACAUACAAGGGAUAUGUUCGUAACUUUGCUCGUCCUGAUGGAUCCAUUACUGAAGCAUAUGUUGUCGAUGAGGCUGUCACAUUUUUAUCUCGUUAUGUAGAUGAUAUCGAGACAAGAUUCAACCAUGAUGAACGCAAUUGGGAUGUACCAACCACCCAACAUGGGUUGGAGGUAUUCACCAAUAAAGUCCGUAUAUUGGGUGCUUCGAAAUUCGAACUACUAGGGGAGUAUGUUGAUGUGGUGCAAUGGUACAUCAUUAAUAAUUGUGAAAAUGAACUUGAUGUUUACAUAGAGUAA